AUGAAUCGCCUCUUCGGCUCCAAGCCCUCGGGGCCCAAACCCACCCUCAACAGCGCCAUCUCCAACAACGACACCCGCAUCGCCGCCAUCGACACCAAGCUCAAGGCCAUAAACGGCGAGCUGGCCGCCUACCAGCAGAAGCUCUCGCAGAUGCGCGAGGGCCCCGGGAAGCAGGCCAUCAAGCAAAAGGCCCGCAAGGUCCUGCAGAAGCGCAACGCGUACGAGGCCCAGAAGGACCAGCUCGAGAGCCAGGUCUGGAACCUGGAGCAGGCGCAGAACAUGCAGGACAACCUCAAGAACGUCAUGACGCAGGUCGACGCCAUGAAGACCACCAACAAGGAGCUGAGGAAGCAGUACGGGAAGAUCGACAUUGACAAGAUCGAGAGGUUGCAGGAUGAGAUGGCCGACUUGAUGGACGCCGGCAACGAGAUACAAGACAGCUUAGCCCGCGGCUACGAUAUUCCCGACGAGGUCAGCGAAAGCGAACUUGAUGCCGAGCUCGAAGCAUUGGGCUUAGAGCAGGAGCUGGAACAGGAGAUGGGUGGGGGAGUUCCAAGCUUUUUACAGGAUGAGGUAGUACCUGAGUUUGUAGACGACGCUCCUCAGACAGAAGACAAGGUGAAACAGGCCGCUGGAUAG